AUGUUUCAAACAAAGGAAGCUAGGGCUCCAUUCCUUUUACCGUUAUACAAAGUUUACGAAAGCAACAACGUUUUUUUAUGUCAAGGAAAAGUCAUUACAGGGCCAAACAUACGUCAUCUAAUUUUUACCUAUACUGUUAUAAUUAUUACAGUUUUUCCAAUCUAUAUAAUUAUACACUCCCACAUAGAAAGCCUGUUACAGCUAAGUCUUGCAAUACUUGCUUUAACGACUUUCUUUCUUUUAGUUUUAUUCUUCUUAACAACAACAGCAUUUUGUGAUCCUGGGAUUAUUCCAAAAAAGAGUUAUGUUGACUUAUCCCUACCGAAGGGAAGAACUGCAUUCACGACUGUAAAAAUAAAUGGCACAGUUAUAAAAAAUUAUUGGUGUGUUCACUGUAAUCAUUUUAAGGAACCAAGAAGUAAGCACUGUUAUGUAUGUAACAAUUGUGUUACUAGGUUUGAUCAUCAUUGCGUUUGGCUAGGAAAUUGCGUGGGAACCAGAAAUUACCGUACAUUUGUUUUUUUCAUUUUAAAUUUAUCCAUCCUUUCCAUGAUAAUCUGUUUUAUCUUUAUUGGAACUUUUAUUAGUUUGAGUAUUAAGGAAUAUCAGAGCUUAACAUUAGGAUCAAUUUUUUAUAUAAUGUUUGAAUAUCCGCAUAUUGCACUUUAUAUUAUUUAUACCGUACCAUCAUCCCUAUUGUUAAUCAAUUUAUUUAUUUAUCAUUUAAAAAUGAUACUCAGUAAUAAAACAACAUAUGAGGACAUUCAAGGUUUAUACGUGCAGCACAAUCCCUUUAAUGAGGGAAAGUUAUUAAAUUUGAAGAAGUUUCUUUUUACACCUGUUAACAAAGGGCAUAUAAAAUGGACCGAAAUUGUAAGGGUUACUGUAUAA